AUGGAAAACGAGCAAAUAACAGAAGACUAUAGUGAAGUAAUACAACGUCUCUCUUUUUCUUUAAAAUUGUCAUAUGGAAUAGGACAUGUUUUAAAUGAUAUUUGUGCUUCAAUGUGGUUUACAUAUUUAUUAGUAUUUUUCCAUUUGGUUUUGGGUUUUAAUUCAAUAUCAGCUGGAAUUAUUUUACUUAUUGGUCAAAUAGCAGAUGCUUUUGCUACUCCUUUUGUUGGUUUUCACUCUGAUAAAAAUGAUGACUUUUGGUUAUGUAGAUAUGGUAGACGAAAAAUGUGGCACUUAAUAGGUACUUUAUGCGUAUUAUUUGCAUUUCCUUUUAUAUUUUCACAUUGUGUUGGAUGUGAAACUGCUCAUGAAUGGGCACAAUUAAUUUAUUAUGCAGCAUUUGUCAUAAUCUUCCAAUUCGGUUGGGCUGCAAUACAAAUAUCUCAUUUAUCUUUAAUACCAGAACUCACACCUGUAGAACAUGAAAGAACAGAACUCGUAGCAAUUAGAUACAGCUUUAGUGUUCUUUCAAAUGUUUUUGUUUACUGUAUUACAUGGGCAGUAUUACAUAUAGCAAACACUAAAGAUUUUAAUUCUCAAAUUGGCCCUGAUGAUGCAAAAAAGUUUCAAACAGUUGUAUUUAUUGGAAUUGGACUAGGGACUAUAACAUCCAUUUUAUUUCACAUCUUUGUUAAAGAAAAAUUUACUAAUAAUUCUAAUGGUUCAUUAUAUAUAAAUUCAAGAACAGUAUCAUUACUGUUAAAAGAUAUUCAAUUAUAUCAAGUUGCUUGCAUAUAUAUGCCUACUCGUUUGUUUGUAAAUUUUUCACAAAUUUAUGUUCCUUUGUAUUUACAUGAAUCACUAAAUAUGGCAGCUACAUCUUUGGCUAUAAUUCCAUUAAUAAUGUAUUUGGGAAGUUUUAUAAUGUCUUUAAUUAUAGAGAGAUUAAAUACAAAACUUGGUAGAAAAAUUUCAUAUUGUUUUGGUGUUGUACUGGGUGUAUGUGCUUGUAUUUGGAUACGAUUUGGUAAUGAUUUAACAUAUGUAAAGUAUCAAAUUUAUCCAGUGUCUUUAAUAUUAGGGUCUGCAGGUUCUAUUAUGUUAGUGACUAGUCUUGGUAUUAUUGCAGAUUUCAUAGGUCAAAAUAUAGAUAACAGUGCUAUCACUUAUGGUAUUAUGAGUUUUACAGAUAAACUUUGUAAUGGAUUAACAGUUAUGCUUAUUCAGUAUUUAAGCUCAUGGAUUCAUUAUAAGAAUUACUAUAGAGAUGUCUUAGUUUACAUUUGUGCUAUUUCUGCAAUAUUUAGCUUAUUAAUGAUAUUAUGCACAAAAUCAUUUCACCACAAUACAGCAUAUGAUACAUUAUAUCCUCAACAGACUAUAGAACAUAAUAAUGUAUUUAAUACCAUAGCAACAACGGAAAUAGACCCAGCAGAACAAGAAAAUGUUUCAUAA